AUGGAAAUCUCAGCUUAUGAUGAUUUGCGAGUCAUAACAGAUAAUUUCAAUAAGGAACUCGGUAGGGGAGGAUUUGGCACAAUUUUUGAAGGGAUUCUAGUUGAUGGCACAAAGGUUGCAGUGAAGUGUCUUGAUGGUUUUAGUCAAAUCAAAAAAUCAUUUUUAGCUAAAGUUAAGACAAUUGGAAACACUCAUCAUUUCAACUUGGUAAGAUUGAUUGGAUUUUGUAUUGAGAAAUUUCAUAGGCUUCUUGUUUAUGAAUACAUGUCUAAUGGGUCUUUAGAUAAAUGGGUAUUCCAAAAAAAUCCUGAGAUGUUGCUUGAUUGGCAACAUAGAAAGAAGAUCAUCAUGGACGUAGCAAGGGGACUAACUUAUUUACAUGAGGAUUGCAGACAAAAAAUAGUUCACUUGGAUAUUAAACCCCAUAAUAUCCUCUUAGAUGAGAACUUUAAUGCAAAAGUCUUUAAUUUUGGAUUGUCUAAACUAGUUGAUCGUGACCAGAGCCAAGUUGUGACAACCAUGAGAGGAACUCCUGGCUAUAUGGCUCCAGAAUGGUUGAGUUCAAAAAUUACAAAAAAAGUGGAUGUCUAUAGCUUCGGAGUAAUGGUCCUAGAGGUAUUGUGUGGAAGGAAAAUUUUUGAUCACUCUCAGCCAGAGGAAGCAAUGCAUCUACUUGACUUUUUUAAGAAAAAAAUUGGGGAGGACCGAUUGUUGGAUCUAGUUGAUAAGUAUAGUGAAGAUAUGCAAUUACAUGGACUAGAAGUAGUGAAUAUGAUGAGGGUUGCAACCUAG